GCUGAGCUGACUAUUCAGUGGGUACACACCCAAGACAAGUUCAGUUCCCGGAGAUGGUGGCGGCUGCUUAUACCCAGCUCAGUCCUGGCUCCAGGCGCCGUGGAGCACCCGGGAGAGGCGGCAAAGUCCAACCCGCUGGUGAGGCCCAUCUCUCGGGACACGGGCAUUGGCAACACACCGUCCCUGCUCUGCUAACCGGGAGUCUGUCCGAACUGCAGACGCUGGCAGAGAUGGGAGAGCUAGCACAUCAGUGUCAGUACGAUGAGAACGGACACACUCUGGUGCACUGGGCAGCGCUCACCGCUUCCGUCUCGCUUCUCAGGUAUUUGGUAGAUUUGAGACUCCCUGUGAAUCUGCCCAGCCGCUCUGAACCGGCGCAGCGACCUAUUCACUGGGCAGCGGUCAAAGGACACAUCCCUGUUACAGAAAUUCUCCUGCAAGCUGGCGUCUCAAUUGACGAGAGGGAUCAGAGAGGAUGCACUCCUUUAAUAAUAGCUUCGCAAUAUGGACACAUUGCCCUCUGUUGCUACCUGGUGGGGAAAGGAGCCAGUCUGCAAGCAUGUGACAGCCAAGGUGACAAUGCACUGCACUGGGCUGCAUUUAAAGGACAUUGUGAGUUAACUCGCUUGCUGAUCUAUUCUGGCUUCAACCCCAGACAACUGGAUGGCUUUGGUCAGACAUCGCUGCAUUUAGCUGUCCUUAGUGGAGAUCUGCCCACAGUCCAGCUGCUCUGUGAGCAGUGUGGAGUAGAAUUAGAAACUGAAGAUAAAAGUGGAAACACACCUCUAAAACUUGCAAGAGAAUGCCAGUAUAAGGAUAUCGUACUAUAUUUAGAAAAUAGUAUCUAUCAAGCAAGAAGUAUGAUUCCAAAAUUUGAUUGGAGUUCUUUGGUCUUUGGCCCCCCUGGAAAAUCUAAAGGACCGAUUCUUUUUUUUAAUGGCUGUUUGCUGUUAUGGGGUUAUCCCACUUAUUUUACACAGAUUGUCUCGAUCUCCUUCAACAGGCUAAUGACCUGCCAUAUCGCCUUCUUGGUCGGCAAUGUACUGAUGUGGUAUCUAUUUCUGAAAGCUUCCCUGAUGGAUCCUGGUUUCCUUCAAAGAGACAGUGAAGAAUACAAUCGUGCUCUUAGGCAGGCAGUUUAUUCUGACGAAUGGAAACAGGGAAAGAAUCCUCUGAACAGGCUGUGCCAUACUUGUCACCUUGUGAAGCCACUUCGGUCUAAGCAUUGUCAUGUUACUAACCGCUGUGUGAGGUGCUUUGACCAUUACUGCCCUUACAUCUAUAAUGACGUAGGCUACAGAAACAGGGUUUACUUUUUGGGCUUCUUAGCCACAAUGUGCCUUAAUAGUGUGUUGGGAGUCUACUUUGCUUGGGACUGGUUUAAUGAGAUGGGUCGUAGCAUUUUCAUUGGAAUCGGCUUCAUUUUCCUGUCUGUUAUUGCAUUCGCUUCAGCAAUAAUGACCUGCAUAUAUUUCUACACAGCUACAGUUAACAUAACAAUAAAUGAACACAUGAACCAGAAGAGAUACAGUCACCUUUCUGAUGAAAAAGGGCACUUCCGUAACCUCUUCAACAGGGGCAUUAAACUGAACUUGAUGGAGUUCUUUCACCUUAUUGACCCACAGAAGGAGCAUGAACUAAACACACUGAAUCAGCUGUGUACCAUCUGAUUAGUGUGGAAUCUGUACCACUGGAUCAGAUUUUCUUUCAUCAAAGUGGAAGCACAAAUAUCAUUUUUACUUUUAAAAAGUCAUCCUGAUAAUUUCUACUGUUACAGGAAAAAUAUAAAGAUGUAUUACUGUUAUACAACAAACCUGCUACUUUUUGAAGAGAAUCAAGGAUUAAGAUAGGGAGAACCAUUGUGGGUCUAGGUGCUUCUCCUAUUUCUGGGCGCUUUAAUUUUAACUUCGUUCUCCCACCUUUAACCCUCCCUCUCUCAUCCCUCAGAAUUGGGAACACGGGUCAAAAUAUUUCCCCUCUGCAUGUCCACUCAGGCUCUUUUUUGAUUUUUAGGGAAAUAUACUUUUUCACUAACUCAUGUAUUGCAGUCACAUAGUAACAGCACCAUCUGUGUUUGAAUAGAAAUAAAAUAUUGGGGAUGCUGGAAAUCUAAAAUAAAAAGCAAAAUUGCUGGAGAAACUCAGCAGGUCCAGUGGCAUCUGUGAAUGUCACAUGUUAAAAAUUAGAAGAUCUUAACUAGACAGUUAACUUUUUUUUCCCACUGUAUUUUAAGACUUAAAUUUAAGAAUUGACUUAUGGUUUGUUACAAUAGUAAUUAAUACACUCCUACCACAAAUGGGAAUUCCAGAACAAACACAGCCUUAAGCUUAAAUUCCACAUUACUUUGCAAAGAAUGCGGCCUCAGUGAUUUUCAGUUUUCACGGUUACUAGUUAGAUGAGGUUUUUUUGGUCAGGCUUAAAACUGUUCACGCUCAUUUCCAGAUUCUCUGUCCUUACAUACAUCUCCUUUAUAGCCUGCCUCCCUCCUUCUGCCCAUUCCCUUUGAGAAUGUCUCUGUCUCUGUUCCCGCUCCCCUAACACAUUCCUAACUUUUUCUCCCCCACGUUGCGGCCUCCUCUCUUUCCCCUCUUGCAGCUUUUCUCUCUAUAACCCCUUUGCAACCUCGCACUCUCUUCUGCCUUACACUCCUCUCGCUCUCCCCCUCUUGCAUCCUCUGUCUCUUGCUCUUUCCCUCCACCCUUCCACCACAUUGCUUCUCUGUCUCUCUUCAAUUGCCUCAAUGCCACCACAUAUUUUUUCGUUGUUUAUCUAAAUCAUAGGCUGGUCCUGUUCCACAUUUGCUGGUGAUAGGUUCACUACCCUACCUAAGAGCAAAGAACACAAGAGAAAACCAACCUCUAAUUGGAGCUAUAGCAUCUCAAGGAUUCCAUCCAGACAACUUACAGUAUGCCCCUGUGACUGAAAAUUUCCAGAAAUAUUCUGAAUUUGUCCUUGAUUUCUGUGUUUUCUGAACAUUGCUAUGUAGCCAAUGAACCUGGCUGCCCCUAGAGCCCCCUUUCCAAUGUCCUGGAUACAUGUAGUGUCAAUCUGCUGCUAUUACUGUACUAACUAUGCAUUUGCACCUGGCCUUCACCUGAAUAGCACUGACAAUGCGGACCAGAUAAAAGUUGAGUGUGUUGCACAGCAAUGUUAAUUCUCAUCUCCUACUUGAAGUAUUCUGCUGAUAAAAUUUAGGACUUAAGUAAGGCCCUCUGCUUAAAUCAUUCAGUGGGACUGCACGGUUUCCCUUCCUGGUAUGUCUUGAUUAAGAUUUUGCCCAUUACGCAGCUGUCUACUGUUUUCACAAUUCAAGGAAACAAAACUAAUCCUAUCAAAUGGAACGUUAUGAAAUUCCUUAGGGUUAAGCAUAAGAGAUUCCCAAAGGUAUUUUUUUGCAAAUAUGAUGUGCCCAAUCAAGUGUUGUAAGGUUUUAUUCUAUAUUAUUAUAACAAUUACAAUACUCUGCUGCACUGUUGAUGUAAGUGGUGUCUUUCACAGUAGAAUUUUAACCCUUCUUUAGAGAAAGAAUGCACUUAGGCAAAAAUUUCUGUACAAUUUAUGCAAAAAUGCUCUACAACUGACUCUAUCUAUGCAUUGAAUAUAGCUGUGUUCCAAUGCUGCUUCAUGACAUCCACAUGCAUCGGUAAAGGGCUAAAAUAUCCAAAACAAAGCUUAUUGUGAUGUGAUUUGAAUCAGAGAAGUUUUUUUUAAUAUUAUGAAAAUAUUGGUCAACCCUUUCACAAUUGAAUUUACAAAUGUUUACAUGGAUAGAAAUGUGAUUACAUUUUCAAAAUGUAAGAACUAUUUAGCCUCUUUAAAGGUGAACUCAUACACAUGGAAUACUUGUUGAUAGAUUUCACUAUUUGAACAAAAUAUUUGUACAAGUCAACUUAAUAAGCAAAGUUAUGAAGCGUCUAAACAAAAAUGUAUUGUAACUUAUUUUUCUAAAGCGUGUAAUUCUAGUGGGGCUGUUGUGAGGCUAAGAUGAUUGUGUAUUUUUUCCUAUUUGAGAUUAAAUAAUCCAUCAUAAUGAUCUCCAUUUAGCAACUUUUGAUCAUUGUUAAAUUAUUUUAAAAUUCAUUUCAAAGUUGUAAACAGCAGAAAUUCAGCUUUCAAUUUCUUUUUGAUUGUGUCAGUUGUAUAUGUAUCAUUAGAUUUCACCAAUAUCAGAGAGAAAAUUUGGCAUUUAGGUGGGAUACAGGCUAAUUCUCUACCAAUAAGCCCUUCAUAUUUGAUGCCCUUAUUGUAUUUAAUGCCCUUGUCAGCUAUGUACUUAUUAUUUCCUCUGAUGUGAAAUAACCUAAUUGAAAACAGAAUAUAAACAUGACAGUACUUUGCAUUGAAUUAAAAAGUUGGCAAAUCAUAUUUGAAUGUAGCAUUCAACCUUGAGAACAUAACCCAGAUACCACUUAGACCCGAGUCCCAAAAGAGUUCCAACUUAAUGUUAGAGACAUUAGAGCAGGAUCUUCCUGCAGGACUGGAAAAGAAACAUAAGUAUGUAACAACCCAACCUUGAAGCAUUGUGAGGUAUCUAAACCUACUAACCCUGUCACACUGCAUUAACUGCUAAUAUAUACUAUAUUAAAGUUCACAUUAACUGUGCCUUAUAAACUUUUACAACUUCUGUGUGUAAGAACAGGGAGGAGAUUUGGUGCAGUUUCCACUACAUUUCUUCUGUUUUAGAAAAAAGCACAAAGAUGAUCAAAAGUGUAUUUUCUCAAUGGUUAUAGUAUAAAUGAUUUAAAUGUUAAAUACAGUAAAUAGAACAUGUUUUGAAGAACAGCAUCAUUUAGUAAACAUUUUCUUUGUGAAGUUAUCCAUAACCCACUUCAGAUUUUUGUUUAUACAUUUUGGUCUAUUUAUAUCAAUGUAUAUCACAUAUUAUGAUGCUGGAUUUGGAAUGCAAAGAUCCAUCUUGCUGAAUUAUAUCUUUUCACUU